CAUAUGAAAGAAGAAUUUAAUUGAUUUGUUUGAUUUAGGGUUUGUUGGAAAAAUGUUGGAACUACCAUUGAACAUGGCACUUAGGUUUCCCAAUUUGGAUUUGAAGUCUUUGCCCUUUGCCCACAACCUCAACCCUGAACUUCUUGGUGGUGUAGUUGCUCUUGUUGCUCUUGGCUUCACUGCUGCUUACAUUAACUAUCGCACCAAACAUCCCAAAGGAUGUUUGGACCCCAAAAAUUUCAAAGAAUUUAAACUGAUAAAGAAGACACAGCUGAGCCACAACACUGCAAGAUUCAGAUUUGCCCUUCCUACUCCUUCUUCAAUAUUAGGUCUUCCCGUUGGAAAAAACAUACUUGUUAGAGGAAGAGAUAGCCAAGGAGAAGAAGUUAUGAGAUCAUAUACUCCAAUCACCUUGGAUUCAGAUGUUGGAUACUUCGAGUUGGUUGUGAAGAUGUACCCAAAUGGAAAAAUGUCCCACCAUUUUAGACAACUGAAGGAAGGUGAUUAUUUGGCUGUGAGGGGUCCAAAGGGACGCUUCAGUUACAAACCUGGCCAAGUUAGGGCAUUUGGAAUGAUUGCAGGAGGCUCAGGCAUAACUCCUAUGUUUCAGAUCAUAAGAGCCAUUCUAGAAAACCCUAAAGACAAAACCAAGGUGCAUCUCAUUUAUGCCAAUGUAACAGUGGAUGACAUUCUAUUGAAGGAAGAACUAGAUAAUUUUGCAGACAAAUUUCCUCAAAGAUUUGAAGUAUAUCAUGUUCUUAAUAAGCCUCCUCAACAAUGGAAUAGUGGCAUUGGGUUUGUAUCGAUGGAGAUGAUUAAGUCACAUUGCCCUGAACCAGCGAAAGAUAUUCAGAUACUAAGGUGUGGUCCACCAGCAAUGAACAAAGCCAUGGCUACUCACCUUGAUGCACUCGGCUACACAUCAAACAUGCAGUUCGAAUUCUAAGCUUCAAUCUAAUUCCUUUCAUUCUAUGCUUCUUCUCACCUACUUGUCAUAUGUGUGUGCUUAGCAAAUUUAAUCACAUUAUUCAUUUCAAGAAUGUAAAGUUAUGAGAAUGACACUUAUGAGCUUACCUUGUGUUUGGAUGAAACAUUUCAACAAUGCUUAG